AUGUCAACAUUACCACCACGCGAAAGGGAAAUACUGUCGAAACCAGAAGUGCAGCGUAAGGCAACAGUCGCGCAGUUGUACUUUUAUGAUUAUUACUUUGAUUUAUUGGGAUAUAUACACAAUCGCAAGCAGAGGCUAGAUCAGAAGGUUUCUGAUUUACAAGAUACUCAAGAUACCCGCGUUGCUCAGAAGGAUUGGAAGUCUUAUUGCGGUAGAGAGAGAGCCUUGCUCCGCAAGCGACGCACUAAAGUUAAGUUUAACCACUUCCACAUCAUUUGCCAGGUUGGUCAAGGCGGCUAUGGUGAAGUUUACCUCGCACGUAAAGCAGACACAGGCGAAAUCUGCGCGCUCAAGCAAAUGCGCAAGAAAACGCUACAGAAGAUGGACGAAGUUAAGCAUAUCUUGAUAGAACGUGACAUUCUCACUACAGCCAAAUCACCUUGGUUGGUCAGGCUGUUGUACGCAUUUCAAGACAUCGAUAGCGUCUUCCUUGCCAUGGAGUUCGUUCCUGGUGGUGACUUCCGCACUCUCCUGAACAACUCGGGCGUGUUGAAAGAAGAACACGCCAAGUUUUACAUUUCUGAAAUGUUCAUGGGUAUAGAUACACUACACAAACUUGGAUACAUUCACCGCGAUCUCAAACCGGAGAACUUCUUGGUUGAUAGCUCUGGUCAUGUCAAACUCACCGACUUUGGUUUGGCCACAGGUGCGCUUAACCCUGCGAGAUUAGACUCCCUCAAGCACAAACUCGAUGAAGUGAAGGAGAACGACAUUAUUUACAGAUCCACAAUAGAGCGCAGAUCCAUAUUCAAAUCUAUGAAGCUCAACCAGGCUAGAUGGGCAGAUAGUAUAGUCGGUAGUCCCGAUUAUUUAGCUGCAGAGGUUAUUAGAGGCAAGCCAUACUCCUUUGCCGUCGACUACUGGUCAUUAGGCUGUAUUUUGUUUGAGUUCUUAGCUGGUUUCCCUCCAUUCUCGGGAGCAACAUCUGAUGAGACCUGGACCAAUUUGCGCAACUGGCAGAGGGUGCUAAGAAGACCUGUCUACGACAAACCAGAAGACUUGAUUUUCAACCUGUCAGAUACGGCUUGGGACGCAAUAACCAGUCUCAUCGCGCCAUUGGAAACGCGUAUAGCUACACUCGAAGGUUUAAAAAGCCACCCCUUCCUUAGCGACGUUCCAUGGGACAAUCUGCGCGAGACACCAGCGCCAUUCAUACCUGCACUAGACUCUGAGGAGGAUGCUGGGUACUUUGAUGCCUUUGACGAUCCUGAAGAUAUGGUGAAAUACGCCGAAGUCAAAGAAAAGCAACUCAAAAUCGAAGCAAUGCAAGACAAGAACAACAAAGUCGAAAGGGGCCUCUUUGCGGGAUUCACAUUCGCACCCCGUCAAAAGACGACGGAGCAACUGGCAACAGCCCUCGCCAAACCGGAAGACGCACUUUCUACAAUAUUCUGA